AUCAGUGUUCUCCUGAGAGGACUCUGGUCUGUGUCAGUAUUGAGCUUCAACAUGACGGGUCACCUGUUGUUUGUUCUUAUGUGUAAGUAAAAUUUUCUGAUUACAAUAUGUAACAUAAAUCCGGGCUACUAAAAAAACACAAAUACAAAUUUAUAUCAUGCAAAUUUUACAUGAGUAUGUAAUGUUUUCUUUGAUAUGUUAGGGACAUUUAUGUUGUAUGCUGUUAGUCUGUGCCAAAUUUUGAAACUAUGAUGUAAAGAUUACAACGAGUUUCAUGUGGGAAACUUGAAUAUUUCUUUAUGUUAGUCUUGAUUCCUCAUCUUACAAACAGAACUGCACAUGAGGUAAAACUUGAUUCUUUUACCAUUUUUCUAUAGACCAACCAGUUAAUUAUUAUUUUAUUGAUUUUUUCAUCACAGGCUGCUGUCAUGAGAUUCAAGUACAGGGUCAGUAUUUUCACUGAUGUUCAGCUGUGCUCUUACUGCUAUAUUGGCUCCAUAAAUCUUUUUACAAAGUAAUUUGACUGGUUAAAUGUUUCCUGUAUGCUAUUUUUGUGCUGUGCAAAUAUACUCUGCUUGGAUAAGUGUAAAUUCUUAAUGUAUUGAUGUGGACUUACAUGUGAUAAAUGUGUAUUUUUUUUAAUUUCAGCUUCUCUUCCCCCUAAGCUGACAGUGAAUUCAGCAGUGAUCUCAGAGACAGAAUCUGUAACGUUGGACUGUCGGCCUCCAUCAUAUCUUAACAUGUACCAGUGUACCUUUGACUUUGGAGGACAUGUCAGAGUACUCUCUUGUCUGCAGACACUAACAGGAACUGAGCUGCUGCACAUAUCACAUCAGAGCUCACCAGCAGAAAUUAAAGUUAAAUGUUUUUAUAUCGAGAAGCUUGAAGACCUAAACUCUCCGUCACCACACAGUGACACAUCCUCCAUCAUCAUACACAGUGAGUCGCUGAAUUUCUCUUGCUUUGACAUGUAAACUGAACUAACACAAUAUGACUUUAGUAAAUGUGAACACUAUUUACAAGAGUUUCUGCCUUCCUUGAAUGUCUUUUAUCUCAGAUGGCUCAAUAUCGAUUUUAAAAAGUAGUUUCAUUUUCUUACAGACUUGGUCUUCUUGGUUGUGUUUUGGGUUCCUGGGUUUUUGUGGUGCCUGGGUGCUUACAUUGUUUGGGUUAGAGAUGUAGUUUGGAUUAGUUUUGGCCAUAGUGAAAAUCUGGUAUUAAAAGGCUCUGUGUAAUAAGAAACAAUAAAGUAUUAUUAUAGUAGAAAUAUCAUGAAAACGAACCACCGACUAAAUCACACUUUCAAUUUGAAAGUUAAUGUUCUUUAAACCUUUUAAUGCCCCAUCAGGUUCAACCGCCAGUGUGUCUCCAUCUCCACGGUCAGUUACUUCUGCAGCACAAAAAACAAGUAAAAUCUUUACAGGUAAAUUUAUAAAGAAUUUUAACUGCAGUAACAAUGAGGACAUGUGGCGUAUUUAAUACAUCUUGGUAAAGACGGAGUUCAUUUUAUAAAACCAGCGACUGAAUUCAACUUUUGAUUUUAAGGUUCAAGUUCUAUAUUUUUUUUCUCCACAACAUUCAACAGGCAGCAAGUCUCAGUCUCCUACAUCUGUAACUACUACAGCCCAAACAUCAGGAAAAAUAAUCUCAGGUAUAUAAAGUCAACAUUUUUCAACAUUAAUAAUGUGGAAACAUGGUUGAAUUUUUACUCUUUUUAAGAGACGUAUUUCAUUAAAAUAAUCCAGUGACUGAAUUCAACUUUCAAUUUGGAAAUGUAUGUUCUAAUUAACUUUUUAUUCACCAGGCUCCACAGUUGUCAUGUCUCAGUCUCCAACAUCUGUAACUAAUAAAGCAAAGACAGAUAAAAUUGUGUCAGGUAUGUUAAGUUAGAAUUUUCAACAUUUACUGUUUACAACAUUUAACUUACUUUUGGGUAAAAAUAUAAUGAAAACGAACCACUGACUAAAUCACACUUUUGAUUUGAAAGUUAAUGUUCUCUAAACCUUUUAAUGUCCCAGAUUCAACCACCAGUGUGUCUCCUUCUCCAUGGUCAGUCACUUCUGCUGUACAAAAAACAGGUAAAAUCUUUAAUGGUAAAUUUAUAAAGAAUUCAAUGGCAGUAACAAUGAGGACAUGUGGCAUAUCUAAUACAUUUUGGUAAAGAUAUAGUUCAUUUUAUGAAACCAUUGACUGAAUUCAACUUUUGAUUUUAAAGUUCAAGUUUUAUAAAAAAAAAUUCCACAAACUAAACGUGUUUUGAUUUUUGCUCUUUCAAAGAGACAUAUCUCAAUUGAAUAAACCAGUGACUAAAGUCUACUUUUAGUUUGGAAAUUUAUGUCCUAUCAAACUUUUUAUUUACCAGGUUCCACAGUUGGCAUGACUCAGUCUCCUACAUCUAUCACUUUAACAACACAGCCAUCAGGUCAAAUCAUCUUAGGUAAACAAAUUUUGCAUUUUACAAUAUUUAUUUUUACUACAAUGAGGAUGUGUUCUGAAUUGGAUAUGCUUUGAUGGAUACAUAUUUUAUUGAAACAAACUAUUUUCUGAUAUAAACUCAACACUUUUUCAAUCUCUGUGCUUCAGCUUUUAGUUUAUCUGUCUGUACUUUAUUACUUGUCAGUAGUUUGGAAAGUUUUCAUAUGAAAGUAGAUCAAGCACUGAAAAGGUUGUAUGUGUGUUUGUUAUGAGCAUUUAAAAGAACAAGAGACAACAUUCGGCAUUUCUGCUUGGUUUGAAUACUGCAUAAAAUCAUGACGCCUAGUGACCUUAAUGAUUCACUGUUCUGAUUUGUAUGUGACCUCCUGAACAGAAACAAAGGUAGUCACUGGUGUUGGAGUCACUGUGGGAGUUAUUUUGCUGGGAACGACACUUUUCUGUGCCAAAAGAAGAACUGGUGAGAAUUUUUCUGUUGAUUACUUGAAUGUUUCCUGACGAUCACAGAGCCAUGGUCUAUUAGUGAAUGUGUCAGGGAUCAAGUCCUCGUUAAAUCAGCACAUCAGGAGGAGAUGUUGGUUAAUGGAGGGAUCUUUAAAAAUAAUCAAUCAUCUCCUGUGUUAUUUUUUUCACUUGACUCUGAUAUCAUCAAGAGAGUGAUAAUGAUGGGUGUUAGUUCAGAUGAAUUCCUAAAUAUAAUUUGGAUGUUACCACCAAGCUAUGAAGGAUUCUCUCAGUGUUGGUGCGUAAAACCUUUCAUUCUUUGACUCCAUCCAUCUUUUCUUUCUCUUUCUUCCUCUCUGUCUAUUCAUCUAUUCAUCUAUCUAUCUAUAUCUAUUCAUCUCCUUUUAGGAAGAUGCUUCAACAAGAGGUAUGCAUUGUUUUUAAUUGUUAUCUUAAGUUAUAAAGUGACUGAAAAAAAUUGAGGUAAUACUCAAUAUUAAAACUGUCUAAAUAUGAUUUUCUUUAGGGAACAAGUCAAUUCUACUGGUGAUGUAUACAUUAAGUAUUUAGACAACAUCAUUUUUAUAUUUAUACAUACAAUAAACUGAAUGUUUCAUUUGUAUUUUGGUCUUACACUGUAUUUACUUGCUUUACCUACUUUUGCAGUGGGGUCCUCGAACACGGGAAAUCUUGACGAUCAGAAUUUGGUAUUUAAUCACUAUCUAAAAUUUAUUAUUAAAUAUAACUUUAAUGUUACUCCAAAUCAAACAUUGAAAGGUAAAGUUUCUCAAAGGUGUAAAUUAAAUCAUGUUUUUUGUCUCACAUACCCUCGGCCUCCUUCUGUGUUACCUUGAAGUUACCAACAAGGAAAGAUGAAACCUACAGUGUUAUCACCUCAGUCCCAGGUGCUGACUGUCCUGCUGGUGAGCUGCUUUUCCUUUACAUAUUCAGUUCAUCUCUGGCUGUAGCUCAGUGGCAGAGUCCGUGGUUUCUCAGUUAGAAGGUUUGAGCUCCAGCAGUCUACCUGUCAUGUCUACAUGCUUUUCACUGUAUUUAAAAACAUGAAUACAGCAACAGCAUGAGACAGGAAAGACAGUUUCAUUUAGUUGUGAUACAUAAAGAUUUUGGUGAAGACUUGAGUGAAUAUUUCUGAAAUACAGUAUACUGUAUAUCUAAAUUCAGGGGAGUGCAAGGACGCAUUAUUGUGUUAGAUCUUUGUGUCUACAGGAAUAAACACAUCUCAUCACAGCUUGUGUCUCUUCUUGUUUUGUACAGAAGAUUAUAUGAAAUGCCAGGCUUGAGUGAAAAUAAUAAUCUUUCUGUGAUUCUCUUUGACUUGCAGGAACAGAAAAAAUAAACAAGGAAGAUCAAAACUUUGUGGUAAGUGAGGCCUGGCGGAAGCUAUGCUCAGCAGUAAGGUUUAUAGUUAAUGUAGAUUCUGAUGGGGUUCUCUCUUUUUCAGACUGAUGAAUACCACCUCUACUCCACCAUCUCUGAAGACAACCCUCCAUCAGCCCCCCAGGGCAUGAUUUACAGCACCCUGCAGCUACACUGAAACCCCUUUUUCUGCUGAGCAGUAAAACAGAGCAUAGAGUCUACACAGACUUGAUCUGAAACAUGAUUUUCUUUAAUAUUGAUGUAAAAGUGAAACUUGUUUUUAAUUGAAUGUAAUGAUUUAAAAAGUGAGAAAAAUAAAUUUACUGCAGUUCA